AGCCUGACCACAGACUAACCAGUUUCCUCUCUUAUGUGAGCGUGAGAGCUGCAGAGAAGAGACCACCAUGCCUGGACUUCUGCUGGGAGACGUGUUCCCCAACUUCGACGCCGACACCACCAUCGGCAGGAUCAAGUUUCACGAUUUCCUGGGCAGCUCAUGGGGGAUUCUGUUCUCCCACCCAAGGGACUUCACUCCCGUCUGCACUACUGAGCUCGCCUGUGCCGCUAAGGUCAGCGAUCAGUUCAAGAAGCGUGGCGUGAAGAUGAUUGCCUUGUCAGUUGACAGUGUUGAGGAUCACCGCAACUGGAGCAAGGAUGUGAUGGCCUUCAGCAGUGCGGCUGAAAGCACUCUUCCCUUCCCCAUCAUCGCUGAUGACAAGAGAGAACUGGCGGUGCAGCUGGGCAUGUUGGACCCUGAUGAGAGAGACAAGGAUGGAAUGCCCCUCACUGCUCGCUGUGUCUUUGUGAUUGGCCCAGACAAGAAGCUGAAGCUGUCAAUCCUCUACCCUGCAACCACAGGAAGGAAUUUUGACGAGUUGCUCAGAGUCAUCGACUCUCUGCAGCUCACUGCACAGAAGAAGGUCGCAACUCCUGUUGACUGGAAGCCUGGUGACAAAGUCAUGGUGAUUCCCUCUCUCUCCGAUGCUGAAGCCGCUGCUCUCUUCCCCAACGGUGUGACCACUAAAGAGGUGCCAUCUGGGAAGAAAUACCUGCGCUUCACCCAGCCCUGAAGACACACUAAAAACCGCAUCCUCCUCUAGUUUACUGCUCUGUGACUCGGCAGUCUCUAAACGAUAAUUCACACAUAAAGUUGACCAAAAGCUUAGAUGCACUUAACUGGUUUGGUGACUUGUGUACAUUUCUACUCACACAAUGUGUACAAGAAACAAACCAGCAAUGUUAAUAGUGUCAUUGUACAGUGCCUUGUGUCCCGUAAUAAAUCGACUUUUCACACA